UCCCCCAGAGGUUCUGGGAGCGCCACAUCCCUAAGCACAGUGGGCUCUGAGGGGGAUCCUGCCCCAGGACCUGCUCCAUCCUGCUCAGCGUCCAGGCCAGAACCUCUUCCAGAGCCCCCCAUCUGCCUCCAUCUGUCCCGCGUGGAGACCCCGGGCUCAGCAAAACCCUCACGACUGGAGCGUGUGGCCCGAGAGAUAGUAGAAACUGAGCGGGCCUAUGUCCGAGACCUCCGCAGCAUCGUGGAGGACUACCUGAGCCCUCUGCUGGAGUGCAGUGCCCUGGGGCUGAGCAUGGAGCAGGUGGGCACAAUGUUUGCCAACAUCGAGGACAUCUACCAGUUCAGCAGUGAGCUCCUAGAGGACUUGGAAGGCAGCAGCAGUGCAGGGGGUAUUGCAGAGUGCUUCGUGCAGAGGAGCGAGGAUUUUGACAUCUACACGCUGUACUGCAUGAACUACCCAAGCUCCUUGGCCCUGCUUCGGGAGCUGGCCCUGUCCCCACCGAUGGCCCUGUGGCUACAGGAACGCCAGGCCCAACUGCGCCACUCGCUGCCUCUGCAGAGCUUCCUCCUGAAACCCGUGCAGCGCAUCCUCAAGUAUCACCUACUGUUGCAGGAGCUUGGCAAGCACUGGGCAGAAGGCCCAGGCACGGGGAGCCGUGAGACAGUGGAGGAGGCCAUUGUGUCCAUGACAGCAGUUGCCUGGUACAUCAACGACAUGAAGCGGAAGCAGGAGCAUGCCGCACGCCUCCAGGAAGUGCAGCGGCACCUGUGUGGCUGGACUGGCCCGGAGCUCAGCGCUUUCGGGGAACUGGUGCUGGAGGGGGCAUUCAGGGGCGGUGGAGGCGGUGGCCCCCGGCUGCGAGGGGGUGAGCGGCUGCUCUUCCUGUUCUCACGGAUGCUGCUUGUGACCAAGCGCCGGGGGCCAGAGUACACCUACAAGGGCCACAUCUUUUGCUGCAACCUGAGUGUUAGCGAGAACCCUCGUGACCCUCUCGGGUUCAAGGUGUCAGAUCUGACCAUUCCCAAGCACAGGCACCUAUUCCAGGCCAAGAACCAGGAAGAGAAGAGGUUGUGGAUUCAUUGUCUCCAGCGCCUCUUCUUUGAGAAUCACCCAGCUUCCAUUCCUGCCAAGGCAAAGCAAGUUCUCCUUGAGAACAGUCUACACUGCGCUCCCAAAAGUAAAUCCAUCCCAGAACUUCUGACACCUCCACUUGGGUCUCCCAGACUUCGAAACACUAGAAGCUUCACUCCUGGAAAGAGAAAUACAGCUAAGCCCAGAUUUAAGCACAAUGACAGCGAGGGGGAGCUGUACCCUCCCUCAGAGUCUAAGCCACCAGUUCCAGUUCCUGAACCCUCUGAGGACCUGGAGGAUGCCAACCCCCCCACGCUGGACCCAUCUGGAACCUCAAUCACUGAGGAGAUCCUGGAGCUUCUGAACCAGAGGGGCCUCCAGGACCCUGGGCCGUCCGCCUUUGACAUCCCCCAGUUCCCUGGAGACUCCCCAGUGCCAGCUGACAAUGACACCCUGGGAUUCCAGGCCUUGCCCAGCCAUGACUCUUCUGAGGAGGAGGAAGAGCUAGAAGUGGAUGAACGAGAGCCUUCCCCACUUCAUGUCUUGGAGGGGCUGGAGAGCUCUAGUGGGCCUGAGAUUCCUCACAUUCCCAGCCUUCCUGAAAUUCCUGAAGUUCCCCACAUUCCCAGUCUCUCUGAGAUUUCCAGUGUGUUUGAAAUGCCUGGCCUUCCAGCCAUAACCACCAGCUCUGAGGGGGCCUGUCUUUCCAGCAUCCCCACACUUCCCUGUAGCUCCUGGCUCCAGGGUCCCCUACAGGAGUCAGAGGACCCCCUGGCCACCAGGAGAGAACUCUUCUCAGGAAGCAGUAAACUGAGUGACCCCUCCUCAGGGAGCCAGGCAGGGUGGGAGGAAGAAGAAGGGGUUCCAUUUGCAGAGUUCACACCCAAGGAUGCCACUCAAGAUCAGGAAUUCCCAGAUGAGCUGAAGCCCCGCUCCUGUCCCCAAGUCCAGAGCACCUGGCAGGCCUUGGAGCAGGGCCAGCUGGCCCAGCCAGGUUUCCCAGAGCCACUGCUCAUCCUGGAAGACUCUGAUCUGGCUGCAGGUAGUAGGAGUGGGAAAGGGGGACCUCCAAGUACAGAGAGAGCAGCUUCCCGCGUGCGCGAGCUGGCCCGGCUCUACAGCGAGCGGAUCCAGCAGAUGCAGCGGGCUGAGACCCGAGCAUCCACCAAUGCACCUCGCCGCCGGCCCCGUGUUCUGGCUCAGCCCCACCCAGCCCCCAGUCUGCCCCAGGAGCAAGCUGAGCCAGAGCCUUUGCCUGCAUUUGGACACAUGCUGGUGUGUGACCUGCCCUUCACAUUCAUCUGCGCUCAGGAACCUGUCCCCCUGGGCCCUGCUGCCCAUGUUCAAGUGGCCAAACCUCUGUACAGACAAGGAACCUGCCUAGAGGAUGCUCAGCAUCUAAAUGUCUCCAGUUUGCCUGAGCAAGACCCUUUGGGCAGCCUGGGUACUGCCCCAUUGCCUGAGCAGAAGGGCCUCCAGGCUGGUCAAUUUCUAGCCACCAUACUGCCAAUACAGAAAGAUUCCGCAAACAUCCGAGUUCCAGCGUCUCCUGAUCAACAACGCCACCUGGAAGUCCAAGUUCGAGCCCCUAUUCCUUUGCCUGAGCCAAGAGACCACCUGGAUAUGCAGGCUCCAUCCACCACCUUUCUUCCUGAACAAGGGCACUGUGUAGACCUCCAAGUUCCAGACCCCCCAGCUUUGCCCAAACAAGGAUGCUGCUGUGCCAUCAUGGAUCCAACCACAAUGCCCAUGCAAGGAGUCCACCUAGAUGACCAGAGCCACCCUAACACCUCACUAACUAACCAAGGAGGCUCCAGGGACCUUGAGGACUUGGCUGCCGGCCAGGUCCAAGCCAUCAGUCCUUUGCUUAGGCCUGGGAGUGACCACAACAAUCAGAUUCCAGCCAGCACCUCAUUGUCCUUGCAUUGUAAUCUCUCAAACACCCUAGUGCCACAUACCACUCCAGUACCUGUCGUUAGAGGCCACCUGGACCACCAGAUCCCAGCCAGGACCCCAUCGCCUACACCACAAAAUGUUCUAGAUACUCAGAUCCCAGUCAACACUCCAUCGCCUGUUCCUCAAGUCCUAAGUGACAUCAAGGUGCAAACCCUGAGGCCUUUGUCCAAACCAGGGGACCCCUCAGAUAGCCAGAGCCCAGCUGCUGCCCCUCUGCUUAAGGAACAAAGCCUUGCUGACACCCAGAUUCUCAAACUUCCACCUUUGUUAGAACAAAGCAGCUUCAUGGACCUCUGUGUUCCAGCUGCCACCCCUGUGUCUGAGCUGAGGGACUCGCAAGACAUUCUGCGCCUGUCACCAACCCAGGUUGAGAGCACUAUGGUUUUGUCCAAGCCAGGAAGCCAUCCAGUCUCCCAUGUUACUAGGUCAGAUGCUCCAGACUCUACACCAACCCAGAGCCCCCCACUGCAUACCCAUCAACUCCUAGGCCGCAGUGCAGUUGCCCUGUCCAGGUACCUGGCAGCCUCCUACAUUAGUCAAAGCCUGGCACGGCGGCAGGGGCCAGGAGGAGAGGGACUCCCAGCCUCCAGGGGCCCCUGGUCUUCCUCUGCCCCCACCUCACGGGCACCUUCACCACCACCCCAGCCCCUGCCCACUCCUGCCAGGCGAUUCAGCUAUGCCACCACGGUCAACAUCCAUGUGGGAGGUGGAGGGCGGCUGCGGCCAGCCAAGGCCCAGGUCAGGUUGAACCAUCCUGCACUCCUGGCCCCCACUCAAAAAUCUGUGGGUCUUCAAAGGGCUCAGGGAGCUCCUAAUGCUCCCUUCCACUUGUGA